ACGCUAUGUUUUGUUUGUCAGGAAGUACGGUCAAGGGUUUCGUUUGAAGAGUGACCGAAUAAACCCGCACAGUGACAUUAUUCAGAGUCACCAUUAGUGCUCGUCUUGUCAGUGAACCAGUUGUUUAUUUUUAUUUUUCUGUUUUUUAGGGGGGGAAAGCGAACAAAUGCCGCUACCUUAUGUUACACGUUACGCAAUGAGCGCGACAGUGACAAAGUGACUUGUGGCAGCUAAAAGAAGCUAGCCUUAGCCUAAGUAGCUCUAGCUCGGAGACAACUUUGCCUGAGUGUGUCUCUCUCUCUCUGUCGGUCCUCGCCACAAGUGUGCCAAACAGGUCCGGACUAAGUGACCGUCCUCCCUGCAGCUCGUUUUAGCUUCUCCUCUCCACUUCCAGCCUCUCGCCUCUUCCUCAAAUGGCGUUUGUAUCCGCUUUAAGGCGACUCGCUUACGUUAAAGUCCGAGAAUAUUCUCUGAGGACGGCGGCGGUGAGUUGGAGCAGCCCACUGACUGGACAGAGGAGUUUCACCACCGGAACACAGCCACUCAGGUCAGACAACAAGGUGACGGUCCACUUCAUCAACCGGGACGGGGAGAAGAUAACAGUGAAGGGUUCGCCCGGAGACUCGCUGCUAGACGUCGUCAUCAACGAAGACCUCGACUUCGACGGCUUCGGAGCCUGCGAGGGAACCCUGGCGUGCUCCACGUGCCACCUGAUCUUCGACGAGGAGGUGUACAAGAAGCUGGGACCAGUCACAGACGAGGAGAUGGACAUGUUAGACUUAGCCUACGGCCUGACCGACACAUCCCGCUUGGGUUGCCAGAUCUGCCUGACGAAGGCUCUGGAGGGCAUGGAGGCCAGGGUACCAGAGAGCGUAGCGGACAUCCGGCAAAGCAAAGACGAAGCUUCUUAACUGAGGACACGCGUCCCGAGAAUCACGGAUGUAGAAAGUGAGGGUAUGACGUAUGCACGGGGGACGAUGGUAGGAGGCCACUGUCUCCUACUGUUGUUUUUUUUAUAUAAUUAUAUAUAUAUAUACACAUAUAUAUGUGUAAAACAUCCAAAUCAUAGCAGAGCUAGGGUCAAUAACCAGGAAACAACAGUAGGAUUAUCCAGAAAGUAAAUCAGCAGCAGAGCCCUGCCACCCUAGUCCUGAACCGUGUAGUAUUUAUGAGAUAUAAACCUGUGUUAACACAUAAUCACGUUUGUUUAUUUUAACCCCCGUCAGAAAUAAUGGUACAUUUCUAGUUUGUGGAUGUGCCGUCCAUCAUCAUGAUGUAAGAAAAUUGUCUUACUGUCCUGCGGCGAAAGCAGAGCUGGACAUUUGAAAUGAUCCCCCCCCCAGCACCACUUAGCCGACUGAAUGAAAGUUAAAGAGGAGAUGCUAAUAACGACACCCUCCCUCCCUCUUGUUUUAUUUUAUUUACAACAUGUGUAUACCUCUAGUGGUUCGAUUGACUCCUUCAUGUAACUGUAUAAUUUCAUCAUGUGAUUGCACAUAGCUCGAACAGAGAGAAAAACUAAUAAAAAAAUGGACCCUUCUGAUA